CCUAGGUGGGCAUUAUGGAGGUUGUAACAUCACAAUUUCCCAAUGAUAUUUACAGUCAUUUCUGUGACUGCACAAAAGUUUUUCCUGACUCCGCCUGCUGUUCUAAACAGACCCUCCUCAGAUGAUCGCAGAGUAUUUAGGUCUCCCUCACAAGUUAAGCCAGGAUUAAAGAGGGUCAAGAUAUUCAUGUGGCAAAUACUACAGGUCCUACGUCCAGGUCAAAAUAAUCCAGUGGAGAAAGUUCACUUACACCAUGCACCCCUUAUGUGACAUGGGGAAGGGUGAAGGCGCACCUCUAUCUAUUUCCUUCUCUGGGUCAGGGUUUCUGUCUACCUACCAGCUGGGAGUGUCGCAGUGUUUCCGGGACAACGCGCCUCGGAUUACACAGACAGCACCAAAGGUCUAUGGAGCUUCUGCAGGGUCCUUGGUCGCUGCUGCUGUAGUAUGUGGAGCAAAUUUGGGUGGGGUGAGAGACGAUGUGAUUGAGUUUGCCAAGCUUGUGCGAGAGCAUGCAUUUGGUCCCCUCCAUCCUGCCAUAAGUGUUUUCAAAUGGAUGGAAAACACGAUCCGGCGGCGCCUUCCUCUAGACGCUCACAAGCUCGCCACGGGUCGCCUUUGCAUCUCCAUGACCAGAGUUCCUGAUGGGAAGAAUGUGAGCGUGUCUGAGUUUCACACAGAGGAGGAUCUUAUCAAAGUUCUUCUCUGCAGCUGCUUUGUACCAAUGUACUGUGGUGUGAUACCACCAAGUUACAAGGGUGUGCAUUAUGUUGAUGGUGGCUUGACAGAUAUCCAACCGACACAGACCACGGGCCAUACCCUCACCAUAUCGCCGUUCGCUGGGGAAAUUGACAUCUGCCCUCAGGAUGGUCCCAGUCCACUGUGUGACUUUGUCAUCAAUGGCCACUGUUUUCAGGCCACCGUGUCAAACUUGCUGCGUGUGGCUACCGCACUGUAUCCUCGUGACUGGAGGGUUCUCAGUGAGGCCUAUGUUGAGGGAUACCAAGAUGCAGUUGAAUACCUGCAGAGGCAUGGUAUUGUGAAGCAAGACCCCAACUGUGUGGCUUGCCUCUCCUCUAAUUUAGUGGCUCGCAUGAGAGAGGGGAUGUUUCCUCUGCCUGAGGAGAACGAUAUGGAGGAAUAUGAUGAUGGGGGAAGGUCAGCGCCUAAGGCCACUUCUCCGGACAGAGAGGGCAUUCAGAGGAUGGCCAACCUUCCCAUGGGCCUUAGCAUUUUAGAACAAGUUCUACACUCAAACACUCCUGGAUGGAUUCAGAAUGUGUUUCUAUAUGACAUGAGUCUGUUUGGUCUCAUGGGCUUCUUCAGUCUCUACUUCCCCAUUCGACUCUUCACCAUCUUGCUCAUCACAUGCAUACUCCCAUUUUGGUUCGUCUUCAUGGUCACAUACAGGCUUCGGCAUUGGCUCACCUUUGCACCAAUGGCAGUGUUCUGGCUCUGGCAAGACCUGAAGCAAAUUGUGUUCUUUGUCAGCAACUUCACUUUGUCAACACUGAAGCAAAACCUUAAGAACAGGGUCGUGCCAGCUCUCUCCCGGCUCCCAUCCCUGGAGGUGCGCACGGCAUAUGAGGGUCCGAGGAGCCAGAGGCAGAGCGAGAGAUCCAGAGAACCACUGGGGCAACAGGCCCUCUCUGUCCUGAGAGUGGAAGUGUCGACCGCCAGGUCUACUGACACUGGUGAUGGAGGGGACCGCAAUACCUGCGCCCUCCAGUUCAGACUGGAGUCAUAGUGAGUUGUGGAGAGUU